GCUCCGAGCUGCGCUCCUUUGCGCUUCUCUUGGCUCAGCUGGAUCCCAGCCUCGAGACGGUGAUCGGGGUCACCCGAUGCUCCGACGGGCCCGGAGAGGGAACGUCCAUGUCGAGCUACGUGGCGGCGCAUGAGCAGGGGCUCAGAAGUGACAAGACGCUGGGGUUUCACACCGGUUCGGGGGCUCAGAUCUUGGGCCUGGUCCCGGACUUCCGCCCGGAGGAUGUGGCGACCCAGGGAAUUGGCGUUCUCAUCCAGUACGACUUGAAGAACUGGUCGACCUCGUCGGGCGUGAAAGGCCCUGAGGUCACGUCGACUUCACGAAAGGAAGGCGGAGGCGGAGGCAAAGCGUGCAGUGCGUUGGAGAGGUUUCGAGAAGUUUUAGGGGAAAUGCAGCACCCUUUGGAAGAAGAUCAGCUGCAGACGGGUUUCUUCAUGCUGGGGCUGGAUUCCUUGGAGCUCCUCCGGGUGCUUAACAGGAUGAGUGCGUGGGCCCACCGCGCGCUCCCGGCCUCGUUCUUGCUGGACUUCCCCAGCGUGUCGGAAGCGGCCGCCGAGCUCGAGCGGAUGGCGCCCAACGGAGCCAGCGGAUCCGCGGCGGAUCCGGCGACGGCGCUGGACGUGAUGAAGGAGGUCUUUGCCGAGUUGCGAUGUCCUUUGACCGAAGAGAAGCUUUCACUGGGCUUCUUCCAAUUGGGCAUCGACUCCUUGGAGAUGAAUCGCAUCACCAAGAGGCUCAGUGCUUGGCUGGGCCGUGAGCUGCCCUCCACGAGCUUGUUGGACUUCCCCUCGGUCCGAGCCUUGGCCUCCGAGCUGGACCGGCGACGGAGCGGCGGAAGCGCCGCGGCCGCUCCCGCGCGCCGGGACGGCGACGGAGCUCCGAGCGGCGGCUACGACGCAAAGGAUGCGAAGGUGCCCAUCGACAAGGAGCUGUUGAUUCAGGUGCAGAAGAAGUUCAAAGAGAAGUACUCGUCGGCGCAGAACAAGAAGAAGAUUGCCGGGCUCGUCUCCAAGUUCUCUUCCAACAAGAGUGCCUAUCUCAAGGCCUUGGAACCUCUUCGCGUUGAACUUGAGGGAUCUGCGCUCUUGAGCUUGGGUGUCAUUGAAGACUUGCAGAGCAAAAGUGUGGAGAAGGGCCGGAGAGAUGUGGAGAGAAGCCUCAAGAUCUUUCGUCGCUUCCAGGAAGUGUCUGAGCACGAACAGGACUGA